AUGAAGAAUAAUAGAUUGUUUCGCCAAAUUAAAGCGCAGUUAACUGCGUAAGAUUUCAACAUGGCUGCCACAUGGCCUUAACUUCUGAAGAUUAAAAACCUAAUUGGCGUGCGACUAUUUACAAAGUACCUCACUAAUCUUGUCAUUCUUAUGCUUAAGUUCAUAAAUAAUCCUGAUUAGUUAUUUAAAAAGUUCAAUAGUGUGAUUUUUCAUUUGUUCUCCAAUAGGUUUUUAUAUGCAAAUUGUUUGAGAUGACUUAAUCAAACAAAUGAGAGGAAUCCGCAGAGAUAAAACCUUCAAACAUGUCUUUAACGCUUCAUCUCUGGACCGAUUGGCUGUUUGCAAGAAACAUGUGAAAAUUUCAUCAUUAAAACGAUCAAAAUAUUUAUUUCUACGCGAUAAAAAAUUUCGAUCAAGUUUAUUGGCUUUGAAUAACAAUUUCUUUAAAGUAAGCAAGGCCAUGGCAAUGCAGUUCAAUCACAUGUUUAUCGAGUGUUUAGAUUCUAAGUCCUCAUUGAGUAAAGAACUUGAGGCCAAACAUUUGAAGGAAUUAGUGCUACUUCAUUUAGAUUUGAUACAACAACAGGCUGAAGAUUUAGCAGCCAGAGAUAAACUUAUCAAGGAACUGAAGGAAGAAAAUAAGAAGCUGCGGGCUUGCCUGGAUUGUGAAAGAAAUCAGAAAAUAUCUCCAGUUAAACUUGGAGUUGACUCAGUGACCACAAAAAGUAACAAUGCUGCAGAAAAGGGCUUGUGCAAGGAAAAUACCUGUGCCAACAAUAAUAACAACACUCGUCUACCCACAAUAUCAGCAAUAUCAAAAGGCAUUGAAAAGAAUGAAAAGCAGUCUACCUCUGAAGGAGGGACUGCUAAUAAUAUUAGUCUGUUAUCAUGUAGAUCAACUCAAGAUAAAAUUGCACAUCACUCACCUGAAACAAAUAGUUCUAGUAAACACAGAGCAGUUUCACCUAGUCUUCGAAUAUUACGGAACAGCUCCACUUUGGCUGCUCAAAAGAGUUGUGUUAAAAUUGAAGGCUUUGUUGGUAAGCCUUUAUCUGAUUUAUCAGUUCCAAUUCGACACUCUCCAAGAUUGGACCAGGUUUGUGGAAGUGACAUCAGCCCCUCAAAUGAUAAUCAAGAAAAUGCUAGUUUUAAUUUGAGUCAAAGUACAAAUCCAAUAAAAAGUGAAGUUUGCAAGAGCAUUAACACAAAUAGUAGUGCGCAUGCGGCUCAAAGGCGGCAUUCAAAACUUUCUCUUAAUAGCAGACCUAGGUCACAAAAUUCACAAGGCAUCUCAAAGAAGUCCACAAGAUCUGAUACCAGUUGCAGUGAGGUAGAUAGCAGUGAUGGUGAGGGUUUACCUGAGUUGGGCAUACCACUCGACUCUAAGAGAGAGUCCUCAUCUGCAGGGCUUGUGGCUUCCAGACAACAUCCUUCCACUACCAAUGCAAAACGGAAGUCUGAUGGUCAAGACAUUGACAAUACAAAGAAGCAGAAACAAACUCAUGAUGGUGCCAUUGUUGAAGACUACUUGAAUCAAAACCUUCAUUUAGUUGGUGCUGACAGUUUAAAUGAUUUAUCUGAUGGCACUGUAAGACACAGCCUCCGAUCACGAGUCCCAGCCAAUGAAUUGUGUGGAAAUACUACUGAAGAUUUGUCCUUUAAGAGUGAAGUCACCUCAGUAGAGGGAAGGAAACGGUUACUCAGGCACACUAAUCCUGAUGUCUUUGAAGAAACUAACGGACAAGUGGAAAUAUCACCGGUUUACAGUAGUGGAAUCAACUUACAAGAACAUGAAAAUGUUUUCUUGAAAGUAGCUUCUGAGGCAGCAGCCAAGUUGAAGGAGCAGAAUGCUAGAGUUCCAGUAUGUUCUGGACGUGCCGUCCGCAGCAAGGAGGGCUACCUCACGACAGAGGAACAUUACUUCCUGCCCACUGAGCCUCCCAUGGACUUGACAGACCCAACUGAAGCCAGUCUCUCCAUGGAGACAGACUUGCCUCCACUCAACAAGCUUGUCGAGAUCCCUCGGUGGAAAGUGUCGGUUCUGACGCCCUUGUAUGUUAUGGAGGGAACAGAGAAUCUGGAGGAUGAAAUAUUCUCAAAACGUCAUCACAAGCUUGAACAGGAUGAGAAACGUAGAAAACGUUGGGAUCUUCAACGUCUCCGCGAGCAACGUCAAUAUGAAAAGCUGCGUGAACGCUAUGAGGUUCGCAAUUCUGCUGUACCGUCAACAUCCGCUGACCCUGAGUCCUCAUGUGCCACUGGCACCCUCUGCCACCUUCACUCAGGGGCCGCAUGCUCCUCCACCACUUCAUGUACCGGCAGUAAGCUUAGUGGCACUAAAGGUGGAGGUGGUGCUGGUGGAGUGUGCAUCGGUGCAAGUGUUGGCAGUGGGGCAGGAGGAAGCAUUGCGGAAGUUGGUUCCCUGUGGCCCGAGCCAUGCAGCGCUAUGUUCCUGGAGGUCACUGACAAAGUUCCUGUUUGUGCUUUUGGUCAACCAUGCGCAGUGUUGCCUCCUGUUGAGUUCAGCCUACCAUGGCUGACGGGCGGGCAACUGGAGAACACUUUAGUGCGACGCAAGCGGCGUUGAGCUCCUCACUCCUUGAUGACAUCCAUGGCAACUUUUCCUUAAUAUCAUUCCGUUUCUCUGAACCAUUUACGUGAAACGUAUCUCUGAACCAUUCAUCUGUAAUGUUUCUGUGAACUAUUUCCCAAAGAAAAUUAUUUUUGACGAGCUUCGGUCAAUUCUAGUGGCCAUAUUCUGAUUUUACAGCAUCUUUGUAUUGGUUUGAUUUAUAUGUUUUUAUUGGCUUUGUAUGAUCCGCAUUAUAUCAUUUCAAGCUUAGCAUCCUUUUCCCUAUGUUCAUGCUUUAUUUAUGAAUUCAUAAAUUUUAUUCUUAUUUUGAUCAGUUUCUAAUAUCACUACCUCUUCUAGAUCCAUAUCUGAUUUCUAUGCCUUUUUCGACUGAUGGAAUUAUUCCGCCUGUGUGAUUGAUGGUAAUGGAUGUUUAAGAAAAAUUCUUAUGUAGAAUUUCCUUUUUCGAGGCAUUAUUAGUCUAAGGGAGAUACGAUUCCUGAAAUGUCUGACUUUCUGAUAUUUAGUGGAUGCUUAAUAUGCUCUGAAUCUUCUGGAAAUUAUUUUUUACUCUUCGAAUAUUCACAAGGGCGUUACAUUUUUGUUUGUUUUUACUACUAGAUUAUUAAUAUGUCGCGCAACGUUUCAAAUUAAUUUUCAUCUUUAAUCAUUACUCAUAUAGAUAGAUCUUGCCUGGUGAAGUCAUUCGACUAAUUAGACAAAUAAAUCCAAUUCACUUUUUUGCAAAAUUCUGCUUUCAUUCUGUCUUGAUUGCUUACGAUCAUCUGAUGAUUUAAACAAAAAAAAUUUUUUUUCGCCUUAUUUUAUGACCGAGAGUACUGAGUGUUUUUUUUAUAAGUCGUUAAAAAUCAUUUAAAUGAUGCCAGCCGCCCCUGUUGUCUUAUUGUUGCUCUCCCGUCAAAAGCCACUUGAAAUAUGCGUGUCUCUUUCUGUUGUUAUUGUAUUUGAAAAACUUUUUUCGCUUGUUGACACCAUUUUUUAAUUUGUUCAGUUGUUUCAAAUGUUUCCUGCAUUUUUGUAAUGUGGAUCUAUAUGGAAGAUGAAUAGUUUCGCAUCACAACUGACUCAGGUUGACUUACUAUGCUACUUGAUUGAGGAUGACGUACUAGCAUUUUCGAGUAUAUUUUACCGUUUUUAUGCCCUGGUAGGACUUCUUCGUGCCUAUUGCAAGUCUUACUAACGAGUCGCUAGUUGAUGGCUUUUGAUGCCAUUCCUUCGCUAUCUCAUGCGCAAUUAAUUUUUUUACAGCAAUACCUGCGCGGUAAAUUCUCACUACUAUGUUUAGUGCGUGGGCAGUGUUGGACUGCAUAUUUAGAAUGCUUAAUAUUUUUAUUUUGUCGUAACCGUAGAACGGAUUGUUAGCAUCGGUGCUACAGCAACGUCAGCCGAGUUUUAAACUUUGAAAGCUUCAUUGCUGCGAAAAUAUGCGGUAAAAUAAUCGUAGGUCGGACGUCUUUCUUUUCAUGUGGCACAGAAAAUUUUUAUUCAUCUUACAUGCCUUGAUCGCAUGGUCACCUUUUCCAGUCAAGAUUUAAAAGCCUGCACGCGUUAUGCCAUUUCUUCUUCUCGGCUUCCUAACAAUUUUCUAUACAAGUGUGAUGUGUUCAAACUUGAUAUCAGCGUUAUGAAACUCAUUCUAAAUGAAAGUCAUUGAUCUCGGGUGUAUAGUUGCCAAGUAAAAGUGGGUAUAUAAUUUCCGUCUGAUGAACCGAUCAUUCUUGUGAUGGAAGGACAUACUGUGCGGUCAAGUUAUCCUGCGAAUUAAGUACAUUGAUUCCUAAACACGAAAACAUUAUAUGGUAAACACUAAUAUGUAGGUUAGACUUAAGGAUUAACAUGAUCUGACUGUGAUUUUAGCUCUUAUCGGGAGUAAAAUAGAGCGUGAAGAUACGAUAAAUCACUGCAUUUGAUACCAGCUGCACUGGUAUUUCAGUUACGUUCUGCUUUUAACUCUAAUGAAUUUUCGUUUGAAGUGCGCUGUGAAAAUGGCAGAUUUCUUAGUUAUACCAGGGUCGUUCAGGGAAAUUCGCUGGCUUCUGUUUUCUGGAACAUUGCAAGUAAUUAAAAGAGUAUCUAUCGAC